AUGAUCAUGCAGCUGGCACCGCUGAAACCACGGAUGAGCUCGUCCGUCGUGUCGAGUACUAAGUCCGAACCAUGGAUCAUGCCACAGGCCAAAGACUGGGAGUCACAGUAUGGAUUGAUCCGGCAAUUAUACGUCUGUGAGCGACGAAAACUGCGAUAUGUCAUCCGAUAUAUGGAAGAGCAAUAUGGCUGGAGAGCAACACCACAGAUGUACAAGAAAAGAUUCUCGAAAUGGGGCUUUGCGAAGAAUGUGAGGCAUGCUCACCAGAGUACAUCUCCACCGAGCUCGUCAUCGAGUCCCGACGAGGAUUCAUCCGAGGCGAGGGAAGUCGUGGACAUCAGAGAACAUGCUGCUGAGCCAGUCGUCGGGCUGUCGCAACGGAAUGACGCUCUCAUGCUUGAGUUUCUGGUCAGUGUCAGAAUAUGGACCAUGUCCUACUACGACUCUGAACGCGCAAAAACCGCCCUCACAAGACAUCCGACGGAACACUUGCCCUUGCUGUUCAGGAAAAAGUCGUCCCACAGACAAACCGUCGGGUGUACGAUGAGGCUCCUGAUUGAUCUCCUACGCCGGGGCCAUGGCGUUAUGGCUGGCAGAAUGGCGCGAAAGGCAUUCCUCCAGCUUGAGGAAAUGUUCGUCCUGGAACCUCCAGCAUUGCUCUGGAAUAUGACCGAGCUGUUUCACUACGUGCUUGUCACAAACCAAGCAACACUCUUCUACCUUAUGUUGAGCCACUUAAGGGCCUUGGCAAAGGAUCGCAUGCCGUCGACUCACCCAGUUGCAGUACUAUUGCGUGCUCUGCAACAAGUAAUGGCGGAUUUGAAGAACGAGCAUCUUGGUGGUGAAUGCUGCCCGCCGGACCUUACCAAGUCGGUGGCUGUGAAAGCAGUGAUCGAUGCACUGUCACCGUUGAUAGCACGAGGCUGGACUAUCAACGCCGAUAUCCUCUUUGAUCGAUACGAUACGCGGCUGUUCGAGAUUUAUACCAACAUUCACUGGUAUGCGUGCUCAAUCGAGCCGCCCCCUGCGUUGGUACGCGCGGCAACGGACUGGUUCGAAGACGGCAACGUGCUGACGAUGGACUACACAAGUCCAUUUGCAAUCAAGCCUGGUAUAGCUGACGUUGGUGAAGUGGCUGUUGGCCUUAACUCAUUCCCGACGCUUGCACAAAGACAGCUUUACACCAGGAGCAUAAACGUGCUGCGGAAACGUGGCCAAGAUCUUGUCAGAAGGCAGCAAAGGGAUUCGCCCCUGCUGUUGCCAAUCUUGGCAGGUCUUACCUGUGCUAAGGUCGGCGACAUGGUCAGCUCAGGUUCUACCUUGGAAGACGCAGAUGGAAUCAUGACCAGCCGCCAGUUGCAAGCAGGCGUAACGGCGUGUAUUAUACGAACAUUGUUGGAUAUUAUGGCAGACUCACCAGGUGAUCCGGAUGCGCCGAGUGGAGCUGAUCUGCUGGAACAUCUUCGGUAUGUCAUUGAGUUGCGUGAGUACCAUUACGAGGAGUCAAACCCGCAGACUAUCCUCGAGAUGUGGUUACUGCGGGACGAGUUGCUGUCUCAGGGAUUGUAUGACCAAGCGGACGAAGUUGAGAAUCGCGCAUUCGAGAUGCUCGAAGAGUUUGUAGACGAGAUCCCGGUCGAUUCUGCUUGA